AAUCUCGACAUCAAUGGCCACUUGCACAAAUCUCAACGAUCGAGUUGCAUGAAAUAAAAAACAAAGUUUGAUAACAUCAAGUCAAGUUAGCUAUAUUUGACGCCGCCCUUUCUCUGACCGGAAAUGAUGGUGGUUAUACCUUUCCUGCUCACGGCGCUGCUGCUGCUGCGGUAUUGCCAUGGUCCGAGCAACAUAGCAGUCAAAGAGGAACCAGUGCUGGAACAUGCAACCAUCUUCUCCAAGAGCCCUGAUAUCUGGGCACUAAAGCAAGCCCACACAGUGAUCCAACAUCCACAUAACGUAAUGCAAGGAAGUGAACUGGUCGUGACCUGUGACCCGAGGAUGGCCAAGGUCGAUGUCAUGGCCGACAAGAUACUCAGCCUUGACCUUUCCUGCGUCCCCCAGGAUGAGACGACGGUCGCGCAGAUUGCGACCUUCCGGCCCACGAACAGAAAAGGACCAAGGCUGACACGAAAUGAGAAGCUGGGCAAGAAUUGGAGAAUAUCCCUAGUAAAAUCAGCGGACGAGGAAGGCGACAUGAGCGUAAAGCUGCAGGCGGUGAAGAGAAAAUCUCAGCUGAGAGACUCGGGUCUCUACACGUGCGGGGUCGAGUACAUCCAGAACAAGACGGUCAUCAAGGAGACCUUCGAUAGUACUCUGCUUGUCACAGAAAGGGUACCUGCCUACAUCGUCGGCCCGGAACCCGUGCACGUGGGGGACACGUACAAAGCCGUCUGCGACGCCAGGAGGGUCAGCAUGAGCCCUGACGUCACCACCAUCAAACACGUGACCAUCCUCCGCUCGCCCGGAUGUGACCGGCGUUACGCGGUGGUCGUGCGCCUGGACUACAAAAACAACAAAUCCACGCGCAAGAUGCACUUCAAGGCUCACAAGAACUGGGAGGUGGAGCUGAAGGGCGACUUCUACAAACCGUUCAACCGUGACGCGGUGAUGGUCAAGCUGACCGUGACCAACAGCUCCACACUGGACAGCGGCUGCUUCCAGUGCAGGGUUGGGUGUCUGGCACCAGGGAGCAACAAGGUCCUGGAGCUGGUGGCCGAGGAAAAGGUCCAGGUCACUGAAUACAUCGAAGAGCCCGAAGAGAAGGAGGUAAAAAACGAGACUCUCGUUGAAGAGGAACCGACGUCUAUGGCGGCUUUCCUUCUCCAACACAUCAACGAUGCGUCUGCGCAUGCGUACAACAAUCUCAGCUUCCGGUUCUUCUCUCUUGGCGACUUUGUUUUCAUCCUGGUCCUACUCCUAGUGUGCGCCAAACGUCUGGUCACCAAAUGAACACGGAGUUUUAGAAAGGAAAUUAAAAACAUGGAACAUCUCAAUAAAUAUUAUACAAUGUAAUACCUCGAGUGUAAGGU